CAGUGAAAAUUAUUUUUUAAGUUACAAAUUUUCAAAGAAUACUGAUUUUUAAUUUCCUUCAAUUUCAACUAUAAUCAAGCUCUAUUAAAUAAAAAUCAUUAUGGCUACACAUUAUUGUAGACCAAUAUUUAAUAAAAAUAGUUUUAGUCACAUACAACGUAUAAUAUGUCCAUCAUAUUUGUCAACAUUACCAAAAUUACAAAUUGAAGAUGUUCAAUCUUCUCAUGAAGAAACCAGAUUUAAGUUAUCCAACCCAGAUGCUUUUGAAGUAAAAAAUAUGGUUAAAAUCAAAAGCUUAUUUGAAGCUGGUGUACAUUUUGGUCAUACAGAAGGAACAUUAGAUGAAAGAAUGAAACAAUAUUUAUAUGGCAAUAGAUUAGGACAUCUCAUUAUUGAUUUAAAUCAAACUAAAAAACUUUUACAGCAAGCUCUUAACGUAACUGCUCAUAUAGCAUAUAGAGGUGGAGUUAUUUUAUUUUUGUGUCAAUCACCUCUCAAUUGUUUAACAGUUGAAAAUUGUGCAAAAGAAUGUGGAGAGUUUGCUCACACUAGAUAUUGGCGUGAUGGUAUGUUUACCAAUUCUUCUAGGAUUUUCAAAGCUGAAACAAGACUACCUGAUCUCUGCAUUGUAUUAAAUACUCUAAGCAGUACAUCCAAAAAUAAUAGUGGACAACAUGGUGUCCUUACUGAUGCUGCUAAAAUGUUAAUACCUACUAUUGCUAUAGUAGAUACAGAUGCUAAUCCUAAUAUUGUCACAUAUCCAAUACCAGGCAAUGAUGAUACACCAAGUGCUAUUAGUCUAUAUUGUGACUUAUUUAAGAAUAUUAUUAAAAAAGCUAAAGCCAUUAGAAAGGAAAUUUUAAAUAACAAUAAAAUAUAAUUUCUAA